AGUCACGUCACUUAUUGUCAGCGGAGGAGGGAAGCAAGAGAGAGGAGGAAUGAAAACACGUAUUAUGGUGUGAAAUAAGUGAAUAAUGGCGGGGAGUGCUGGUGGAACGGUGCAAAUAUCGGACAAGGAGGCGUUCACGGUGCUAAAUCUGCCGCUGGGGGUGGACAAAGAGGCAAUAACAAAACGCUUCAAGUCACUCUCCAUCAAACUAUCUGCGAGUCGUCUGCAGGAAGACAGAAAGCGACUGGAGAUGGUGGUGGCAGCAUAUCGGCAGCUCCUACCCCCAGUCCCCAAGGUCACAAACAGGCACAGGUCACGACACAAAGGGAAUUCGAAAAGUGUCAACGACGAUAUAGAUUCCGAUGGCGCUGGCUCGGAAAAUGACUGGAGAGUGCUGUGUCGGAACGGAGACCCGCGCACAAACCUCUCCCAGGGUGCAGUGGACUUAACAGCGGAGGAGAGGGAGAGGAGGAAGGUGGAGAGGAGGAGAGCCAGGAACAAGAAGAGGAAGGAGAAGAAGAAAUUGGAGAAGAUGGAGAAGAUUUUGACUUUGAAGAGGGAAGGUGACACAUCCUCCUCGGAAGAAGAAGAGGAAGAGGAGGAGGAGGAGGAUGAGGGGGAGGAGGAGGAGGGUGAGGAACAAGGAUUGGACCCCCACUCUGCCUUUGUGGCCCAUGUAGCAGCUCGAUGGGGGGGAGGGGGUCAGGGGGCCAGGCAGGGGGAACGUGGCCCCCGCCCUGCCCCGGCUGCUACCCCAAACCCCGCCCCACCCCGCCCCGACAGCCGGGAGAGGAUGGAGCAAGGAGAGAACGGGUCAAUAGCCACAGCAUGCCAGUUGGCCAAGCGGGGCAACGAGGCGGCCAACGUGGGUCAGUACGUGGCAGCCGUCAAGCUGUUCUCAGAUGCCAUUGCCCUCGACCAAACUGACCACCGUUUCCUUGGUAACCGUUCCUUCUGCUUCAACCAGCUCGGAUACCAUGACAGUGCCCUCCAGGACGCAGAGAGGGCCAUAACAUUAGCCCCCAACUGGGCAAAAGGACAUUUCCGCAGGGCAACAGCAUUAAGAGAUCUAGGGAGGCUAGUGGAGGCGGAGGCAGCGUUUGAAGAGGUGCUACGCUUGGACGACACCUGUACAGAGGCACACUUGGAGAUAAACAGAAUAAUGAUGGCCAGGAUCGUAGAGAUGGGAUUUUCCGAGACCCAGGCUGUGGAUGCUGUGGCCAAGUAUGCUGCUGUACAGCCUGCCCUAGAUGCCCUCCUAGCCGGCCAGUUCCAAGAAUCGACGGAAGAUGUUUUUUACUCCGAUGAAGAAGAAGAAUUUAAACCGAGGGGAAAUACAAACAGGGGGAAGACGAAAGAUUUUAAAAUGAACUUUAACGGAAACAGUCCGCAGAAUCCUGAAGGCCUGACCUCCCUCUGGAUUGGCAAUGUCCUUCCAGAGGUCACCGAGAAAAGCGUCUCCCAGCUGUUCUCUAAGUACGGCCAGGUGACCAGCGUGCGCCUCCUCCGGGAGAAAUACUGUGGCUUUGUAAAUUUCUCGGACAAGAUGGCGGCCGGCAGAGCGAUGGAGGAACUGCAGGGCCGAGAGUUUUGCGGACAGAAGCUUUUAAUUAAAUUUCCUGAUAACCCCAUUGUGCCUCACCCCGCCGCCGUCGCUGCCGCCGCCGCCGCUGCUGCUGCAGGGGGAGCAGCAGGAGGAGGAGGAGGAGGAGGAGGAGGUGGUGGUGGUGGUAGAAGACUGCGGCAACACAUCAAUGCAUUUGUUGCUAAAAACACCACCAACGGCACCACCACCACCACCAACGGCACCACCACCACCACCACCACCACCACCACCACCACCACCACCCUGGACAAGCUGAAGGGCCCUGUCAACGGUUCGGAGUGCUACUUCUGGCGGACAACUGGGUGUGCGUUUGGAUCGAAUUGCAAACACCAACACGUAUUGAAAAACCGUGGUGUUGACAGGCGGCCAUGGCAGAAGCAGCAGUGAUUUGGGGGGGGUGUAUCGGGGCUCAGACGGGGCGGGGCGGGGC